AUGAAGAAGCUUGGGCGCCUAGAGGAAGGGAAAAACGUCUACCACGCUUUCCAUCCACAGUAUUACAACCUUACGAGCCUCUCAGAGGAGGAUCAGAAACUGCAAGAUAUUCAUCUAGCGCACUGUCUUCACCUGAUCAAAGACGGACUUAUGUGCCAGGCAGAUCCAACAGUCUUUACCAUGAGAUGGGGGGAGUAUGACCUAUUACCAAUUCACAAUAUGACGAAUCCCCGGGAAUGCGUGAACUGGGAUAAGUUUAUGGAAGGUGUCAAGGAUAUCUCACAAGAUGUCAUCCAAGACGGCGUGCUUGUGCAUCCAAAAUUCGGUCCCCUGUUCAAGAACCGCGAGCCAGUGGAAUGGGAAAGACCUCCAAUGCUUGAUCAUGUCGCCUAG